AUGUCAAACUCGGACUUUGAUAAUUGGGAACCUGUCGACGACAGCGAAGAGCACCAUGCACGCGACGAUCGAAGCCCAAGUGAGUCCUCUGCUACCUUAAUGCCUUCCGAAAAUAACACCUCAGACCAACACAAAAUGUCCCGAUCGCCCAUCAGGUCCCUUCAGAAUUCCAGCCGGAACUCCAUCACCUCCGUCGACAAUACAGGUUUGAAAUCGUCUCCAGCGGACCCACAGCUUACCGCGCUUGAUCCCAUUGCUGGGGUCAACAGCCCGUCUUCUAAAAACGGAUCUGCGCUCAAUUCUGUCAAUCAGAUCAUUGGGUCUUCAAAAGAAGCAAAAGAGUCAAAAGAACUACCAAUUCCUGAGAGUGAAGAGGAAGUAGCGAACAACUCAUUUUUCAACAACAUGCUCACGUCUUUCAACUUCAAAGGAUCGGCGUCUACGCCCGCCAAGCCACUAACACAUUCAAGAGCAAGCUCAGAGUCGGGGACGCAAGCCUUGCCCAACAUAAUAUCCCACCGCAAGGCUACGCCUACCAGAAAAUCAAGACGAUCUAUCAGUAACGAAAGCAACGUUCCCACUUCCCCGCUGAGAGAGAUGGAGAAGCCAGAUGCAUUGGUUUCCGAGUUCAACCGAAAGCUUUAUGUUGACGAGCGGUUUUCUGGCACGAGUUAUCAUUAUGCCAUUGAAGAAAGAAAUGCCGAACUCCAUAAAAUAUUCAAGUCGGUGCCGGAUGGCGACCGUCUUCUCGAUGACUUCAGCUGUGCGCUUAGCAGGGAAUUUUUGUUUCAAGGAAGAGUUUAUGUCACAGAGGCCAACAUAUGCUUUAAUUCGAAUUUGCUAGGAUGGGUUACUCAUAUCGUCAUCUCAAUGACAGACAUAAUCUUGAUGGAAAAGACGUCUACUGCAGGACUUUUCCCAAACGGCAUAUCUAUUGAAACGCGCCUAGGAAAGCAUCAAUUCGUUAGCUUCAUUUCGCGCGACACGACCUUUGAGUUCAUCAAAACAGUCUGGCAAAAAUACAAAGAACGUUCCCUGGGUGAUGGCGUCCUAGUAAAUAGUACCACAGAGUCAUCGAAUGCCCUAGGGAAACUCCGAAGGUCUUACAGUGAUCUCUUAGCCACUACUUUGGACAGAGCUCCUUCCUAUGAGCCGCCCAGUCGCUCGUCCAUCAUUAGCGAGAACGAUGCGAUUAUUGAGGAUGCCAUCCUUUCUGUAGAUGACAUCAUUCCCACAAUUGUCAUGAAUAGAGAGGGUCAGCCCGAUGGUGAUGUUGGUCUUGAUGAUGACGACGAUGACGAUUACGAAGAUGAUGAUAGUGAUGAAGACGGCGACGGAGAAGAUGAAGAACUCAGAAGGAGAGGCGCUGGAAGUGGAAGAAGUGAGGCGGAAAAGGGAGCUCUCUUGCUGGAAAAAAUUCGUUCGGAUUCAGCUGCCACCAGUAUCUCGUCUCUCAAAAGCAGGUUGCCAUCUGACCAGAAAGCUUUUAAAUUCAAGCCUGAUAGUGGUUUUGAAUAUGAUGGGCCCAGAGCCUUAAGGGAAACACAGUUUGCCUAUGAACCAGAAAAGAACAAUGAGAUGAUCUUGGCAGACAAAGAUUUCAACGCCCCGCCGGGAGUCAUUUUUCAAUUGAUUUUCAGUGAAGGCAAGCCCGAUUUCUUGGUGGAAUUUUUGACUAGCCAGAAUUCCUCUAAUUUUUCGGCUAUUGGCGCUUUUGAAAGAACGAAUGAAAACGGCGAGAAGUAUCGGGAGUAUACCUACUCAAAAGCUCUAAACUUCUCAGUGGGCCCUAAAUCUACGAAAUGCGAAGUCUCAGAAACUCUUCUAAAUUUGGAUUACAACGAGUGUAUCAAUGUUGUCAAUGCAACAAAAACUCCGGACGUUCCCAGUGGGAAUAGCUUUGUGGUCAAAACUAGAUAUAUGCUACGCUGGGCAUCUGAGUCCACAUGCAAUUUGAAAGUUUCGUUUUGGAUUGAGUGGACCGGCGGAAGCUGGAUCAAAUCGAUGAUCGAGAAAAGCUGCAAAGCUGGCCAGGUUCAGGCCACAGACGCUUUGAUAAUUCUUCUAGAGAAGUAUGUGCAAAACUUUGUUACUUCAACGUCUACUGCUAGUCCCACUUUUGAAGGAAAGCGGAAGAAACAAUCUAAAGCCAAGCGUUCUAUCGACAGCGUUAAAGACUCAGAGAAGCCAGUUUUGAUGGUAUCUGAAGCGGCAACUGUUAUCCCCUCGGCGACUACCACUCCGCAAACAGAGCCUUUUUUCCCUUCUUUUACGAAUGUGUUAUUGUUCGUGAACAUCGUCUUAUUUUUGUGCUUGAUUUGGCGCCAGGAGCGCAUUUUCAGUCUAGUUCAGCGAAGUGUAGGGAUUCAAUCAGCUGAAAGCGUGGCGGCUGUCGAUCAAAUGUUGUCCCACUUCAAAAGCCUUUUCGACGCUGACGCUGAUGAUGUUUUGCCCAGUGGCUCGGGUGCAAACAAAAAUGCUCAAAGGUAUACGCUAAAGAGCUGGAUCGAUAAGCACAGUGGGAACGAAGAGGCUUUGGAUUUUAAUUUACACAAGAAGAGGCAGUAUCAACGAUACAUGAGGUACAUUGUAGACCAAGUGCUUGAUGAAGAGAUGUCCGUCAGCGAAACAGAGGACUUUUUGAGCAGGUUGAAUAAACUCAUGACCGUGGUCAAAGAUACUAAGAAGAAAAGUGGUAAUGUUGAUGCAUGCGAACUACAAAAUGCUCUAAAUUAUUUGAUUAAUGCAUGA